GAGAGAGCCAACGACUGAGUGAGAGUGGGUUGUGGAUGUAGGGGGCGGGGGGCGACGCUAGCAGAGAGCGGAGGUGGUGCAGUUUGCUAAGGAGGAAAGCGGGGGGCUCGAAGGGAAGCCAGAAGGGGCGACAUGACACUGACACACGGCCGAACCACGCAGGCCGCGCCAUGCGAGCCCCCGACGCGGGCAUGACGACGUCGGCUUCAUGGUGACCGCCGCAGCUGCUCUCGCUGGCUCCACAAGCUUCUCAACCGCAACUUGGCCGCAGAGGGUCCGCGGGGAAACAUGGCCGAAGGGGGACCCUCCAGGUCCACUGAGCAGGAGGAGCGGACUCGACCCCACGUCCGCUCAGGAUCGGGCUUCUGCAAAUGGUUCAAUGUCCGCAUGGGCUUUGGAUUUAUCUCCAUGACCAGCAGCGAGGGGACCCCCGUCGACCCACCCCUGGAUGUUUUCGUGCACCAAAGCAAGCUGGUGAUGGAGGGCUUCCGAAGCUUAAAGGAGGGCGUGCCAGUGGAGUUCACCUACAAAAAGUCCUGCAAGGGCCUGGAGUCCCUGCGGGUGACCGGACCGGGUGGAGGGCCCUGCCCUGGCAGCGAGAGGAGGCCCAAAGGGAAGGUGCCGCUCCAGAAGCGCAAACCAAAAGGAGACCGCUGUUACAACUGUGGAGGUCUGGACCAUCACGCGAAGGAGUGUAGCCUGCCCCCCCAGCCAAAGAAAUGCCACUACUGCCAGAGCAUCACGCACAUGGUGGCCCAGUGCCCCCACAAGGCGCUGGCGCCCCCCGCGGGCUCUCAGGACCAACACGCGUCUACCUCGGCCUCCAGCCCGGGGUCGUCGGCCUACCUCGGCCCCCCAGAGGAUGAGGAGCGCCGCGGCGCCUCUCCCUUUGGGGGCUCGUCCUCAUCCCCGGAAGAGCCCCACGGUCAGCGCGGUCCCCGGACCCGCAGGUGGAGGAAAUCCUAGAAAGACUCUCGUCCACGACUCAUCCCAUCGCUUCAUCUACCUCACGCCUGAGACAAAAUGGGAGCGCUUCGUUUUCAACUUUUUACGCGUGUCUUAUGUUAUUGUCCACCCAUGCAGAUACGGCAAGCACCCGACGGGUGCGGACGCGGACG